CACUCUUUAUUUUAUCACGGUGGUGUGAGGAUGAGGAGGGCAGAGCAGGGCAAAUGUGAGAGGUGAUGCUAGAGAUCUGAAUUUCAUCAGAGAGCAGAGCUGUGAAAAAUAUCUUUUCUUGCUUCAAUUGCUCUUGGAGUGGAUGUUGAUAUUGACCAGAUUAUUCAGACUGAUGUUUGAAUUAUUGCAGUAAGAUAUUUUUUUUCAACUGCGUCCACCAGGAAACUGUAGGAUAUUGAUGGUUAAGCAGAAAAUGACCACAAAUCCGUGUCUGGACUCGGGUCCCUGUCUCAUUCGGACAGAUGACAAGAGAAAACUUCCUCCACUCAGCCAAUCAGAUGUUAAGCCUCAAUAUGUUCAUCAUCUGGCCCCGAAACCCCCGCCUGAGAUCAGCCACUCCAUUCCCAAACACAAAGAUGUAAAACAGAGGUGUGUGAAGUUCACUGUGGCUGCUGUGAUCUCCCUGCUGCUCCUCCUGCUGCUGGCUGGAAUCCUCCUUGCUUAUUACUUCUCCUCACCCUGUGUGCACGGGAUGCAGUGUGGAGAUGGGGGAUGUGUGUGGGAGUCCCAGUGGUGUGAUGGGGUGACGGACUGUCCUGCAGGCCAGGAUGAAGCUAACUGCGUGAGGCUGCAUGGUUCCACCUUCCUGCUCCAGAUCUAUUCGACUCAGAGUAGAAACUGGAGGACUGUUUGUUCUCACGGCUGGACAGAACGACAGGGCAGAGCAAGCUGCCAGAAUAUUGGAUACAGCAGGGGCACGUAUUUUAAAUCAGGCCAGCAGAAGACCGACUCUGAUGAUGGAUUCUUACUUGUAAAGUCUGACUUCAACCCUGAGGCAUCCAUACUGCAGCAGCUUGUGCUCAGCAAUACCUGUCCCAACAACAGUGCUGUGACGUUGCGUUGUACUGAUUGUGGCAGUGGGGUGAACUCAAGCAGGGCCUCUGGGGGUCAGCUGGCCUCUGUAGGGGCCUGGCCAUGGCAGGUCAGCAUGCAGGUUGUGGGCUCUCACCACUGUGGUGGAGCCAUCAUCUCCCCCUACUGGAUAGUCACUGCAGCACACUGUGUAGCCAGGGCCUCUAGCCCUGGAGACUGGGUAGUGUAUGCUGGGAUUGUGGAUCCAUUGGGGACUUUGUUCAACCCUGCUUACUCUGUGAGCCGCAUCAUUGCCCAUGAGGGCUACAACAGUCUCACUCGUAGGAAUGACAUCGCUCUGAUGAGGCUCUCUAAACCUCUGGACAUCACAGCCUCCAGUAACAUUGGACCUGUGUGCCUCCCAAAUGUUGGUCUGAACAUCACUGAUCACCAGAAGGGCUGGAUAACACAGUUUGGUGAAAUAGUAAAUGGAGGCUCUCAGUACCUGAUGGAGACUCAGGUCUCUCUCAUAGAUACUGCAGACUGCAACAGCUCCAUCGCUUACAAUGGCAGGAUAUCACAGGACAUGUUAUGUGCCAGAGAGACGGACGCAGUAGCCUACAUGUGUCUUAAUGACAGCGGUGGUCCUCUGGUGUCCCUGAAGGACGGAGUAUGGUGGCUCUUAGGGGACAAUAUCUGGGGGGAACACUGCACUGGGCAGAAGAGACCAGGUGUUUACGGCAACGUCACCUACUUUCUGGACUGGAUCCACCACCAGAUGAGGAAGCAUCAAGAAGACUGAUGACAGGACCAAAGAUGAACCGUGUUGGUUGUUGUUGUUUAGUUUAUGAUCUAGUUUUUUGCCGAGAUAAAUUUUUAUAAAUAUGCCUCAACAAUCUCUGUAUCACUACCAUAACUUAUUUACUACGAUAUAAGUUAUGUGUCUUCUGAUUUACAUCACUGUUGAUGCAGGUUUAAUGCAAUAAGCUCCAAUGACCAAUGUUUUCGUAUUAUCUCUUUAUAACAAUCUGUUUUAUUUUUGUAUAUUUAUGUGAAAUAUAUAACGUCUUUAUUUUAGGCUA